GUUUACUUUCGUUUUCGUGACAUCGAAUGUGACGGCGCAGUGGGAGCAAAGGUCUGCACAAACUAGCCUAUUCGUCAUCGCAUUUGUAAAACGGGCAUUGAAAAUAUGGAAGCUAAACUCAGUCAGCUGGAAUGCCUUUUCACAUGGGGGGUGGAAAAAUCAGACAUAAGAGAUUUUAACAUCUUGCCAGAAAAACUCCAUGACAGGAUAAAAUUUUGCCCACAGACGUAUCAUGCCACAUAUUUCAACAUUCUGGCGUUCAUCAGCCACUUGGAUGGCAAAACAGAAAGAGCGCUGGACUAUCUUCAAAAGGCUGAGUCAGCAUUAGAAGAAGACAAAAGAAAAGAUGGCGACUACCUGGUGACAUUCUCCAGCUUUGCAUGGAUCCACUAUCACUUGCAGAACCUCGAGGAUGUGGAAAAAUACCUGAUGAAGGUGAAAAGUAUUUGCAUGGACAAAGGCUCGUCGGAUAACUCCUGCAAGCCGUCCGCAGUAGAUGGUGAGAAAGCGUGGAGCUUUCUGAGGCUUGGAGGAUCAUUUUACGAGCGAGUGAAGGAGAGUUUCCUCAAAGCUCUUGAAGCAGAACUAGACAAUGUGUCGUAUAACGUGGGCUAUGCAGUAGUGCUAUACAGAAUAGAAGGUAUGAACAAAGACAGGCAAGUUAGUACAGAAAACAGUGAAACAGUCACACAGCUCAGAAAGGCUCUUAACCUUGAUCCCACAAAUACUGAGAUUAUGGUGCUGUUGGCCCUGGAACUCCAAAGCUUAAAGCGACAAGAAGCCCAGAAGCUUAUAAAAGAAGCCCUCAGGCUGUCCCCUGACGUCCCGCAGGUGACCAGAUAUGUGGCUAAAUACUUCCGAGCAGAGGGCUCCAUUAAAGAAUCACUAGCUAUCCUUGAGAAAGCAGUAGAGUUGGCUCCAAACUCAUCUUUCCUGCAUCAUCAAAUCGGUCUUUGCCAUAAGCAGCUUCUUAUUCAGAUGUUGGGGGAGAGGAGGCCUGGAAGACGCUUUCCUGCCACUCAAAUAUCUGCUAAGGCAGCCGAAUGUAUCCAGCACUUUUCAAAGGCUGUAGAGCUAAAGCCUACCAACAUUUACGCCAAAGUGAAUUUAGCAGAAGCCUACGGUGAGAACCGACAACAAGGAGAGGCAGAGAAGAUCUUUACCAGCCUGAUAAGCGACACGUCUCUCAGUGAUUUUGAAAAGCAGCACUGCCACACCUCAUAUGGUUUGUUUUUGCUCUAUAAGAGAAAGGAUGAAGAAAAAGCAAUCGGUCAGUUCAAGAUAGCAUACAAGAUUCCCAUAGACAGCUAUGACAGAAAACAAGCUGGCAAGAAGCUCAAACAGAUUGCAGAGAAGCGUCUCAACACACAGAGCAAAGUCAAAGAAGCUUUUGAGAUUUUGGCUUUUGUAUCUGCUGAAGACAAGCAGGAGGCACAAGCGGAGAUAUAUCUCAAGAGAGCCCAACAGCACUCAGAUACUGAUGUGCUUUCAGAAACCUUUGCCAAGGGAAUGAGACUAACAUAACUGAACUGUUACUUGUAUAUAUAUUUAGCAAAAGACUUGCUAUUAUUAGUAAUGACUUACUGUAUUCAUUAUAAACAAUAUUUUACACAUGCUGUGGCUCUUGAUUUUUGUUGUUUUACAGAACAAAGCAUUUUUAUUUUGCACUUGGGCAUGUAAACAGUCUGGCACAAAGUGACUUUUUAGGCAGAAUGCAAUUAUAUCCUGAAUAAGUUGUUAAUGAAUGUAAUAUGUUAAUCAAUUUAAUUUAUAUUAAUAAAAAUAUA